CUCCCGGCCGGCGCGAGUCCCGGGACACUGAGCUCUGCGCGGCGGCAUGGGCUGGUGGCGGGCUGUGCUGCGCUCCUUGUGGAGCUCUCUGUCAAAGGAGGUGAGGGAGCACGUAGGCACGGACCAUCUGGGGAACAAAUACUACUACAUCGCCCAGUACAAGAACUGGAGAGGACAGACUAUUCGAGAGAAAAGAUUUGUAGAAGCAGCAAACAGAAAGGAGCUAGACUAUGAAGCAGGAGACAUCCCAACAGAAUGGGAAGCGUGGAUUAGAAGAACAAGAAAGACUCCACCUACUAUGGAGGAAAUACUAAAGAAUGAAAAAUACAGACAAGAAAUUAAAGCAAAAAGCAAAGAGUUUUAUGAAAAAGAUAAACUCGGUAAAGAAACCAGCGAGGAACUCUUGCCUCCACCUGCAAUUCAGAUUAAAGGACAUGCCUCUGCUCCAUAUUUUGGGAAGGAAGAACCUUCAGUGGCUCCCACCAGCACUGGGAAAACUUUUCAGCCAGGAUCCUGGAUGCCAGAUGACAAAAGACAAAAUCAAUGAAUACACUGUGGUAAAGUCAUUUCAUUUAUAUGGACAUGGCUAUUGUAACAAAUAAAACAAAGGUUUAAAGUU